AAGAGCGGCGGCGGCGGCGGCGGCGGUGGGACGCCGGGAGGAGUGCAGGUGCAGGUGCAUGCAUAUAGACGGCGGUGACGACGACGUACGCGGCGUACCCACGUAGGGGAGCGCUAGGUCUCUCGAACGAGGCGAGAGGGGGAGGAAGGUGAAGAAGAAGAAGUCAGCGGGGACGGGCGCGGAAAGAGGGAAAGCAGAAGAGGGAGAAAGAGGAGGCGGGCGGCGGCGGCGGCGGCGACGGCAGCAGCAGGAACAGCAGACGGAGAGGCAUACACGCGAGCGCGUAGCGGCGGAAAGCGCUAGUCGCGGAGCGCGAGACGGGUCGACGUCUUCGUCCUUGCCUCGUCGCGUCCCGUUGUCCUCGUGCAUGAUCAAAAAAAGUUUCUUAUUCUCGUUAUUGUCGUGCCAGUGCCAGUGCCGCCUCGAUCGACGGUAUAGUGUUCCCCACCCUUCGUCUCCUCCGGCACCGUGGCAGGAUGGACGACACCGCGGGCCCACCGCGAACGUCGGACGUAGCAGCGGAUGGAAGCGAGAGCGACGACGCUAGCAGCAGCAGCAGCAGCAGCAGCAGCAGCGGCGGCGGCGGCGGCGGCACCACCACUACCACCACCACCACCUCAAAGAUGCGGACGAUCGACGAUGACGACGCGAGUGCCGCCCCCGCGUCAUCCGCCGCCCCAACCGUCGGCGGCGACGCCGCCGUCGAUCCCGUCGAGUGUCGUGAUCGGAACGCUAUGAUGAGAGCCGCGUCCCCGGAGCCGCGCGACGCUGCCGCUGUCACUGUUUCCUGUCCGGCGACGACGACGACGCCGCAGCUGCCGCCGUCACCGCAGCCGGGGUGUGGCUGCGUGGCUGCGGCUAACGCGGCCACCGCGCUCGACAAGGACGAGAUCACCGUGUGCAUCACGCCGACCACCGGCGGCCAGUUCGAGCUCGCGGUGGACCGCAACGACACCGUGGAGAAUCUCAAGAAGAUCAUCUCCAAGAAGUUGAAGGUCGCCAAGGAGCGCAUCUGCCUGCUGCAUCGUGAGAGGCAACUGCGCGAAGGCACGCUCGCGGAAAACGGCCUACAGAACGACAGUCGGUUAACGCUGCUGCCGAGCGUGGAAACCGGAUUGUUGGCGCAACGACCGGAGCAGAGCGUAAUGCAGGCCUUGGAGAGUCUCAAUGAUUCACAGGUGAAUGACUUCUUGUCCGGCAAGGCGCCGCUUAAUCUGACGAUGCGAUUGGGCGAUCACAUGAUGUUGAUCCAGCUGCAGCUGUCCACCGUAACUCCGGCAUCGCCGACCACCAGUCAGGCGAGCUCCGCCAGCAGUACCAGUCAUAGUCAUCAUAGCAGCAGCAGCAGCAACAGCAGCAGCAGCAACAACGUUGCUAGCUUACCCAACGGUAGCAAUGCCACGAGCAUGUCCAAUUUGUCUAGCGGUCACUCGUUGCAGACCAGAAGGUUCUUAACGGCCAGAUCACCGGGAAAUAUCGUCAAGCCGCAAAACGUCAGCGGAGCACCGGCUAGCAGAACGUCGCAUCUAAUUAGCAGCCUUGCCAGCGCCCUACACGCAGCCGCCAGCUACAGCAGCAGUGGCAGUUUACCCACCGCCAGCAUCACUACCACGACCACCAGCCCGGUAUGCUCCAGCCGAGUCACAACAUCCUCCUCAUCCGUCUCGGCAGCGUCAAUUAGCCCAGCGCAUUCAUCCUCGUCGUUCAGUAACAACUCGGGCCAGUCUCAAUCCACACGUGGCAAUUCGCACGGCGUCCCACCUACGAACGGCAGUUCUUCCAGCGCGUGCCAGCCCUGUCCAGUCUAUCACCACCAUCAUCAUCAUCACGGCCACCACCACGGUCAUCAUCAUAACCACCAUCACCAUCACCAUCAUCACCAUCAUCAUCACCAUUCGAGGAACAAACCCAGCUUGCCCAAUCUUUCCUCCUCCUCCUCUUCUUCAUCUUCCUUCAGUUCGGGUUCGUCCCCGAUUCAGGAGCAGUCCGCCUUGGAGCCGAUAUCCUACGACACAACGCUACCCAGGAAGAAACUCUGCAGCGGCCACCACCAUCACGGCCAGCCAUCAUCGUCCAUCACCAGUGGUAUGGACGUCACCAGGAGUCAGCACGAGGAAUCAAAUCCGCAGAGUCCGACAUGUACCUCAUCGCUGAUGCUGGAGCAGUCGCCGCCCAAGCCCGCUACCCUCGACACUCGAGCGCUCGCCGAAGCAUCUCGCAACCUCACCCAGAAGCUGAAGCAGCUCUCCUCUGAGGUACUCACCUCGCGGGUCGACCUCGCAGAGGAGAACGCGAGACGCAGGCAGGGUGCGAUAAUAGAGAGUAUGCAUCAUCAUGGUAAGGGCGUGUAUUCCGGUACGUUCAGCGGUACUCUGAACCCAGCCCUUCAGGACAGGCACGGUCGGCCGAAGCGAGACAUUAGCACCAUCAUUCACAUCCUGAAUGACUUGCUCUGUGCAACACCGGCUGCAUCCGCAGGCCACUAUAGGCAUCAUCAUCAUAGGCAUUCGCAUACUCGCCAGCAAUCCUCUUCAAUGUCCACAUCUUCGGCGAGCACCGCAGCCGCCGCGAGUGGAUCUACAACGACGGUUGGCUGUCAUGACUCUACACCAGGUUAUUCCAGCGAGGAAUUGUCGAAGGAGAACGAGGCGACAAAGGGCAAGAUGCGUCGGCUGCGCUUAGUCAUGGAGCAACGUCGUGCUAAGAGAAAAGCCAGGCGGCAGGCGCGAGCGGCGCCAUAUACCACACAGUGGGCCGCGAUGACUCCUGCCGAUCCGAACCACGAGCCGAACACGUCGACUGCGACCUCGAGCACCACCACCACUAACAGCGCGGAGCCGCAGAAUGAGCCGGAGCUUCAGCCGUGCAGCCCCGAACCGGUCGUAGCUUAAAUACCACGUCACUAACAGUCAAUUCACGGCACAGUAGUAUCCUCUAUAUUCGUAUACAUAGGAUAUGAUUGUCGUUUUCGUUUCUACCUAUCGCACUGAUUUAUUCCGAAGGAAGAGUAUAUGCAGGGUCGAACGUGUCCUAUCACGCAAUUACAUUCGCUCCGUACAACUCUCGUUCCGCACAACCAAACGCUGCAAAACGUUUUAAACGUUUGAUUUGACACCUGUUUUUCGUUGAUACCCCGGUACACGGUCUCAAUCAUUACCGCGGAUCCGCUGAGUUUCUCUCCGUAUUAUGCAAGUGUUUCGCUUUCUCCUAUUUGCGUUACCUUAUGCAAAUAGACAUAAUUUGCGAGGAUUCGCUAGCCGACGAAUCAGAAGACAAACUCCAAUCGAUCCUUUUUUUCUUUACCUUUUCUCACAUAGAAUCAAUCAUCCCUUGAUUAAUAUAACGUUUCUUUUUUAUAUCUCCUGUUUUGUCUUUUUGGUUUUAGGUGUUCUGAUUUUAAGAGAUUAGUUCUUUUUUCUCUACUUUUCUUAUUAAAUUCUUUUAGAUCAAAAUCUUUUCUGCAAUACAACAUGCAUUGUAUAGCAUCACGCAUUAAUACACAGUCGUCCCAUAAAAAAAAAACCACUUGCAAUUCACUUUCAUCCAUGGACGCAUCGUUUCAACUCAAUCGUGCGUUUGCUUAUUACUAUCAUCAAUGUGACAACGCAUCGUGAUUAUAACAUGAACGUUUUCCGUGAUGCAAACGUGAUGUGAAGCCAUAGAUUCGCAUCAGGGCAUUUGGAUAUUUAUAAAAAUGAUCGUGCGUGGCGUUACCGCUAUACAUUAGGCAAUAUAUAGUGUUACCGCUAUAAUAAAAAUGUAUAUUACACAUAUAUUAUACAUAUAUAUAUAUCUAUAUCUAUAUCAUUACCAUUACAUGUAUUUAGUAUAACGAAAUACUGGGUAUCUUACGGCUAUCGUUUCCGAACGUUAAUAAAACGGUGAUCUCGCAGUGUUUGGCCGGACUCAGGACUUGAUCGUAGUUGACAAUAAUUACGCUCGGCGAAUGAAUCAGUGUGACGGUUUUACGUAUUUAUACAUCGACAUCGCGCGGGAAGUCGAUGAAUCGUUCUGAAAGAAAGAAAGAGAGAGAGAGAUUGAGAGAGAGUGAAAGGAAUACAGAGAGAGAGAGAGAGAGAGAAUGAAAGAAAGAAAGAGAAAAAUAAAGAGCAAAGCUCUUAUUAAGGCUCCUAUUAAGGAACUUCCUGCUAGAAGUAAAACUCGCCGAUAAACACGCCACACGCGUUUAGGAAACGGAAAAAAAGAGAAGCAGAAUCGCCAUAGUUUCAUCUGUGCGCGUUUACUAGACUCUCUUGACUAUUCUCUCACUAUCAGGCACUCGAAGUCUUAUACGUAGAUGCGAAUAGAAUGAUCACGCGCGUUUGCAUGGAUCGUCAAUGCGAGGGAAAUGCAACAGGCAAAAUCUCGCCGCGUCCCGCUCUCGACGACGCAACUCGUUGUUGCUUUUAAAGUAAGAAGAAGAAAGAAGAAAUAUGCCACGAGAUAAUUCGCGCGUGACAGAAUCUAUGCAAAUUUGUACUUUACGUCCCUUGCGGACUGAUUGAUCUAAAUAAUCGCGAUUUUUUUGUAAGUAGCAAGUGCACUUCCCAACGUCUUCUUCAGAUUAAAAUUGCACUAACUGCAUGCAGAUGUACGUUGGAGUAUUUUCCAUUUAAACUUUUUCAAUAAUGUCAUCGAUUGUUGGCGAUGUUUGUACGUCUAUCUGCGUAUUGUACACACGUGCACGAUCACGCAUAAAAAAUGUAAAGUAACAAUACAAGAAUAAGAUUUAAACGAGGUAAAGUGAAUAAUACAAAGGCUGACUGUAUUUUCAAUGCUACUGUCUGGCCUGGUAGACUGGAAAUUGGAUGAGAUACAAAAAUAUUGUUUUAUUCAGUAUCUUCCGAUAUUUGUGUUCGUUUUACGAUAUCUUCAAUAUUUAGUUAAUAUUUGUCAAGUCAAUAUUUCAGAUUCGUUCAGUCUACCUUCAGUCGUUAAUCAUAUUUAUGCACUCUAGUAAAAGAAAAUAUAGUAAAAGGAAAGUGAAGAAGAUACGAGGGAAAUGAAAGAUUAUUUUUUACGUUAUAUGUAAUUUAGAACGAUCCAAGAAUAGAGGAUUAUGUGUCUAAGUGAGGCGUAAAGUGGUUCAAGUUGAAAAGAGUUGCGUUGGAAAUAGCGUGUUCAUAUCAGUUCUUGUGGCACAUAUGACAUAUGAUGAAAUAUGCUGUAUUUCUUAAUCGUUGGUGAAUCAUAUCUCGACGCUUGGUUACCCUUUGCCUCACAGGAUCACAUUAUACAUUAUUCUUCAAGGAAAUAAGACGAAAAAGGAUGAGAUCGAUACGCUCGGGGAAAGCGUAUAAGACAGUUCUGUAGGAUGAAAAGUUGCGUGAUCGUAUUUCAUGGCGUGCUACGGCCCCACGAUUUAAGUUUAAGUUAAUUAGGUACUACCAGAUAAUACAGUGUCACAUACUACUAAUAGAAUACAUUGCGUUUAGGUUUACUUUAGGAAGAAGAAAAUAUUAUUACCAUUAUUACAUUAUUAUAUAUCAUUAGUAUACCGCUAUUACAAUUUUUGCAAAACUGGCUCAAUAUUGUAAUAUACGACUAUCGGAACCUUUAUCGAGUACCAAAAUAAAUAAGAUUGCUUGCUAAA